AACCACCACGAGGCUGCAGCCAGUGUCGAAGUUACAAAAGAAGAACGGCCAGAGCUUCAGAAGAAAACUUACAAAUGGAAUACAAAAGAGGAAGCCAAGCAAGCCUUCAAAGAGCUGCUGAAGGAGAAGGGUGUAUCCUCAAACUCUUCUUGGGAGCAGGCCAUGAAAUUGAUUAUCAAUGAUCCUCGCUACAGUGCACUUCAGCUGAGUGAAAAGAAGCAGGCAUUCAAUGCAUACAAAGUCCAAACAGAGAAGGAAGAGAAAGAGGAGGCCAGAAUUAAAUACAAAGAGUCCAAAGAGACUUUUCAGAGAUUCUUGGAGAACCAUGAAAAGAUGACAUCUACCACCAGAUACAAGAAAGCAGAAUCAGAUGUUUCGAGUGAGCUUGAAGUGUGGAAGCUGCGUUCCAAUGAAGACAGGCUGGAGAUCUAUGAAGAAGUGUUUUUUUAUUACCUCGCUAAAAAAGAAAAGGAGCAAGCUAAACAGCUGAGAAAGAGGAACUGGGAGGCUCUGAAGAAUUUGGACAACAUGGCCAGCACAUAUCGCACCACCUGGUCUGAGGCCCAGCAGUACCUGCUAGACAACCCUACCUUUGCAGAGGAUGAGGAGCUGCAAAAUAUGGAUAAAGAAGAUGCCCUUAUAUGUUUGAGACACAUUCGGGCUCUGGAGAAGGAGGAGGAGGAAGAGAAGCAAAAGACACUUCUCAGGGAAAGAAGACGGCAACGCAAGAACAGAGAGGCCUUCCAGAAAUUUCUGGACGAACUUCAUGAUCAUGGCCAACUUCACUCCAUGUCUGCUUGGAUGGAGAUGUACCCGACACUGAGCUCAGACAUCCGCUUUGGCCAACAUGCUGGGGCCAACCGGGUAGGACAGCCAGGUUCUACUCCCUUGGACCUCUUCAAAUUCUAUGUGGAAGACUUGAAAGCACGCUAUCACGAUGAAAAGAGGAUAAUCAAAGAUAUUCUUAAGGUGUGAUUCUGAUUUGGACAAGGAUUCCUGGUUGAAAUCAACACCAGCUUUGAUGACUUUGGAUCAGUCAUCAGUUCAGAUAAGAGAGCUACCACGCUGGAUGCAGGAAAUAUAAAGCUAGCCUUCAACAGUUUGCUUGAGAAAGCUGAAGCCAGAGAGAGGGAGCGAGAGAAGGAGGAGGCCAGGAAGAUGAAAAGAAAAGAAGCUGCUUUCAAGAACAUGCUGAAGCAGGCCACACCACCACUAGAGCCAGAGGCUACAUGGGAGGGAGUCAGAGAGAGGUUCUUAAAAGAGCCUGCCUUUGAAGACGUGACUCUGGAGUCAGAGAGGAAAAGAAUAUUCAAAGAUUUCAUGCAUGUCUUGGAACAUGAAUGCCAGCAUCACCACUCCAAGACCAAGAAACACUCAAAGAAGUCCAAAAAGCACCACCGGAAACGCUCCCGCUCUCGAUCGGGCUCUGAGUCUGAGGAUGAGGAAUACCACAAGAAGAAAAAGAGGUCGCAGUCCAAGUCCCCCUCAGAACGCUCUUCUAGUGGAGAAUCUGAGAGAAGCUAUAAAAAAUCCAAGAAGCACAAGAAGAAGGGCAAGAAGAGACGCCACAAGUCUGCAUCGCCAGAUUCUGACAGUGAGAAGAAAGGAAGAGAUCGCGAUGGGAAGCGUGAGAAGGACGUAGAGAAGGAGAAAGAGAACGACAAGUCUCGGGGAAAAUCUCGCUCUGAGUAACAGAAAUCUCCCAAAAGGAAAGCAGCCAAAGAGGAGGGUGGCUGGGACACAUCAGGCAGUGAGUUGAGUGAAGGAGAGCUGGAGAAAAGGAGAAGAACCUUGCUGGAACAGUUGGACGCGCCUUGAUGAUUACUCAUGCUGCUUGUUCCUUGUACUUCUACACUUCUACAAACAUGCAUUCCCCUCAUCUGACCAUGCUGGUCAUAUCGCCCAUAAUGGACUGAUUUAUGGUAUUUAUGGGAAUGCCAUAUACUGAGCUUUUACAUAGACUUUGUGACUAAUUUGAU